UCGGCGAAAAAGCGACACUCCAUGACUGAAUUUUGCGAGAAAUGUCAAAUAAUUUUAGUUGCGAUAUUGCCGUUUUUCUUUAUUUUUUUAUGUAUAUAUCCGAGCGGGAAACCAGAAGAUCCAGCCAACGUAGAUGACAUCUGUCCAUUCUCGAUUUCAAACUACAAGUCCUUGUUCAUUUAAAAAGAAAUUGUCACUCAGCUACAUCACAAGAAACCUGUCAAGAAUUAUGAAAGGAUUAGGACCGUCAUUGUUAUGAAAAUAUUGUUACGAUACCCUGUUCACCUUCGCCGACGAGGAGAUCUCCGAACUGUUGAGAUAAGUCAAAGGAAGGAUCGAACACCAACUUAUUGCCGCUCCGAAACCGAGAGAUCCCUGAUUUUCGAGGGGUAAUCGUGAGGAACGACACUUUGUUACGAAUUGUUAAGCCGUUCCGACAUCGUGGGGUCCAUGAAUUUCGAUGGAUUAUCGUGAGGAACAACCUUGUUACGAAAGAAAAAAAUAAACUAACAAAAAUUGCUGUUCUGCUAUUACGAACAGAAUUGGGGUUAUGUUGUUUGUUUUGGUUGCCACCUGGGCACACUUGUUGAAUUAUUGCCGGUAGCCGCUACACCAUCUUGGCGCUGUAAAAUUUCUGACGGGUCCGCCUUCACGAUCUUGGAAGGAGGUUGAAAAAUUACCGCGAGGCCAAUUAUAAUUAUUUUGAUGAAUUUGCUGAUCCUGGCUAAAAUCAAAUACCUAUAAAUUACGUUGAGUCGCCAUGAAUAUUUUAUUCAAGAAGAUAAUGGAAAUUCUCUAAGUCAAUUGGAUUGAUUGUUAAUUCAAAUUAAGUGAAAUUUGAACUUGGACUAACUACGUAACUAUUCUGGAAGUCGAGGAAAACACAUCAGCCAAUCAGCGUCGAAGGACAACGGUAUAGACCGAGGACGACACUCACGACGUUUCCCCUCUGUUUUCUUGUAAUUUUUGUAAUUUUGUGGUUAGAAAAAUUGAGAGGGAAGACGAGUCCCAUUAUACAUCGUGCUGUCUGUUAGAUUGAUCGAUUUAUCGGAAAAAAUUAAAACAAUUAUUGGCAGAUUUUUAUAGAUGCUCCAAUAAAUUGUAAAUUGAUAUCGAGGAGCAUUUCUGAUUCCGUAUUGUAUAAUGCUUGUUGUUGGAGGAAUUCCGUUAUUCUACAUGGAGUUAGCAUUAGGACAAUUUAAUAGAAAAGGUGCCAUUACAUGUUGGGGACGUUUAGUACCACUUUUGAAAGUCAUUGCCACAACAGUCAUUGCCACAACAGUCAUUGCCACAACAGUCAUUGCCACAACAGUCAUUGCCACAACAGUCAUUGCCACAACAGUCAUUGCCACAACAGUCAUUGCCACAACAGUCAUUGCCACAACAGUCAUUGCCACAACAGUCAUUGCCACAACAGUCAUUGCCACAACAGUCAUUGCCACAACAGUCAUUGCCACAACAGCCAUUGCCACAACAGCCAUUGCCUCAACAGCCAUUGCCUCAACAGCCAUUGCCUCAACAGCCAUUGCCGCAACAGCAACUGCCUCAACAGCCAUGGCAACAGCAGCAAUUACAAGAACAUCUUCAACCGCAUCAGUGGUACGUGCAACAACUGCAACAGUCGAUUACCACGCAACAACAGCUGCAACAGCAAGUCCAACAGCUUCAGUUGCAGCAGUAGAAUAGCGCCCAAAAAUCGCCGGCAUCAACAUCGACGCAGACAAAUAAGAGCUUCCAAAAUUCGCUAAGAAAAAUGGAAGGACGUGUUCUAGAGUUGGAGAGACAAGUACGAAAACUAAAAUUGGACAUUAGAGAUUUGGAGAGUGAAAGGGAGAAGAAGAGAGAAAGAAACCGAGAGAGGGACCGUGAAGCUGAGAGAAGAAAAAG